AUGCCGCUCUCCACGAAAUUAGACCGCAAGCUGCGGGCUGCGGAAGAAAGUUCGGACGAUGAAGAAUACUACGAAGUCACCGAUCGGUCAUCUCCGUCCGUAAUCGAAACUGGCGAGGGCGCAGACAUAGUGAGCUCAGAGGAUAGUGGCGAUGGCGACGAAUCGGGGGCUGAGGAAUUGGAUGCGGAAGACGGCAGUGUCCAUGUGCAGAUGAGCAAAGUCUCUUUCGGAGCAUUGGCCAAAGCGCAAGAUGAGCUCUCCGAGCAGCAAUCGGCCGGUCGAAAGCGGAAGCGGGACGAAGAGACAUCGAAACUACAGGAAGACAAGCUGCAAGCGCUGAGGGAACGGCUACAGGAGAUCAAGGCGGCAAAGCUUGCUCAGGGUGCUAAACCUGGCAAAAUGUCAAAGCUCCGUAGGGGAAGGGCGGUCGACGAAGACAGCUACCAAGAGCCGGAGGGUGAGGAUGAUGAUGGCGGCUCUUCAGGCUCUGAUGCGCCUCCACAUGCCCGAUCCAGCAAGCACGCACCAGCAGUCCAGUCAAGCAAGCGGCCCGUCACUCGUAAGCGGAGGGUCGUUGAAGUCAAGAAGCCUACAUUCCGAGACCCUCGCUUCGACAAUGUUUCCGGCCCGCGACCCGACGAAAACAUCCUCAAGAAGCGGUACGACUUCUUAAACGACUAUCGGGCAUCUGAGAUGGGAGAGUUGCGGGACGCCAUAAAGAAGACGAAGAACGAGGCGGACAAGGAAAAGCUCAAGAAGAAGCUGAUGUCUAUGGAGUCACAGCAAAAGACACGUGAAGCAAAGGAGAAGCAACUGGACAUCCUCCAGGAACACAAGAAGAAAGAGAAAGAGUUGGUCAAGCAAGGAAAGAAGCCAUUCUACCUGAAGAAGUCCGAGCAAAAGCAGAUCGCAUUGGUCGACCGCUUCCAGAACAUGAAGGCGAAACAGCGCGACAAGGUCAUCGAACGGCGUCGCAAGAAGAUGACCGCGAAGGAACGGAGGAACAUGCCCGCGGAAAGGCGUACGGUAUGA